UUCAACUUAGUUAAGUUGAAGGAGAUAAGUGAGCAAAGCGAGUUCCUGUUGUAGAUCUUGAACAGCUUGAAUAUCUUCUAGUUUCGUUUGUUUCAUUAAAAAAAAAAAAAUGGCUACAGAUAGAAACUCAAUUCACUAUCAUGAAGAUCCCAAUACAUCCAUAAAUUCCGAUGAUAAUCCUCCUCACAGUUCAACUCAUUUAAAUCCUAGAACAGAACCAAAUGCAGAUACAACAGCUGCUAUUGAAUCAUUAAAUGUAUUUGUUUCGAAAUUAAAUAUAGGUACUAAUUUAGCCUACAUUGAAGACUUCAAUGGAGAAGGCAAUUACAAACUUUUCAUUAAUAAUAUUCGACUAUUUGGCGAAGAAAACAGCUGGACUCAAAGACAAAUGGUAGCGGUAGCCGAGUUAAAAUUAAAAGGCAUCGCGAAAGAAUACUAUCAUAUGAUUGAUGCAUAUCAAAGACCAAAAUCACUGUCUGAAAUGAGUGAUUGGUUAGGCAGCAUUUUCCCAAGAAAAGUGGGUUUUGCACAAGCAAAGGCAAAUUUACGCAAAUGUAAAAGAAAAGCUGGGGAAUCUCUAGGCGCUUUUGCCUAUAGAUUAAAAAUAUUAGCUGAAGAUAUUAAUUCAAACACUGAGAUUCAAGAAUUCGCCUAUUACAAAAAAGCACUAAUUGCAGAACAAUUUUUAGACGGAAUAGAGACUAAAAUAGCAAAUCAAGUUCGAGCUGAAGGAAUAUUAUUAAACAUUGAUCAAGCACUCAAAAUUGCAUGUGAAAAAGAAGAAAUAAUGAGUAGAUUCGAAAAAGAACAAGAGAAUGAUGAUUAUGAAGAUAAUAUGUCUAGAACAAGAAUAAUAUCAGAACAAAAUAGUAGUCGAGGCAUAAAUGUUAAUCAUAAUUAUAACAAUAAUAAAAAAGUUAAUUUUAUUGAUCAAAAUCCGAGACUUCAUCAAUCUCCACAUCAGUAUUCGAAUAACCAAUAUUCAAAUAAUAAAUAUUCACAUAAUCAACAUUCGCACAAUCAACAUUCAUAUAAUCAGCAUCCACCCAAUAACUUUAAUACAAUGCAAUAUGAAAAUAAUCAACAUCAAGAUUUUUCCCAUAAACGUCCUGCUAAUCGAUUUGAUGUAUGCUAUAAUUGUGGUGAAAAAGGUCAUUAUAGUCGAGAUUGUCCAUUAAAGUGUUGUAAAAAGUGUAAUAGCACCAGACAAAAGACACAAAAUUGCAAUUUUUUAAGGAAAGGCCACAAUCGAAGAACAAGAAGAUAG